CAACCAUCACUAAGAAACCCCACGAUCACGAAGUGACGCCUCGACGAGCCACGACGACGCAUCCCGACCUUACCGCGAGACCUACACCCCUAUAACUCAAAAAGUCGCACGGAUACGCUCGAUUCAUCAUGGCUGCCGCAGUUGCGAACCAGCCCAAGCACGACUGGGCCGACGACGACGACGUCGAGGAGACCUCCACCGAUCUCCCUGAGCCUCAGACCAUCGCCAACAAGGAUGGAACAAAGACCAUCAUCACAUUCCGCUACGAUGACGACGGCCGCAAGGUCAAGACCGUUCGCCGCGUCCGAUUCAUUACCCACACCGAGACCGUAAACCCCCGCGUCGCCGACCGAAAAACCUGGCCAAAGUUCGGCCUCAGUGCAAAGGAUCCCCCAGGCCCUGCCCCCGACACCACCUCUGUCGGUGAGAACAUCAUCUUCCGACCAAGCGUCAACUGGCGAAAGGCCGAGAAGGACGAUACCGCCGACACUGCUACCCAGACCAUGAAGGACCAGCUCAAGGACAAGCAGGUCAAGUGUCGUAUUUGCAACGGUCAGCAUUUCACUGCCCGAUGUCCUUACAAGGACACCAUGGCGCCCAUUGGAGAGAGCGGCGCUGCCGAUGUCGCUGCUGGUAUGGGAGACGAGCCUUCAGCCGCCGCGGCUGCUGGUGCCAAGAAGGGUUCAUAUGUUCCCCCUGCCCUGCGUGGCAACGGAAGUGCUGGCGAGAGAAUGGGAUCCAAGUUUGGCGAGAGGGACGACUUUGCUACACUGCGUGUCACCAACGUUUCCGAGAUGGCCGAGGAGGCAGAGCUGCGGGAUAUGUUCGAGCGUUUCGGUCGUGUCACCCGAGUGUUCUUGGCCAAGGACAGAGAGACUGGCAUGGCCAAGGGUUUCGCCUUUAUCAGCUUUGCGGACCGAGGCGACGCCGUCAAGGCUUGUGCGAAGAUGGACGGAUUUGGUUUCAAGCAUCUCAUUCUCCGGGUGGAGUUUGCCAAGAAGGCUCAGUAAAAAGGUGGACGUUGCUGCUGUUUCGAUCUUGUGUGCGUUGUUUAGCUAGGGGGAACACAUGGUAAUGCAUUCGUGGUUGAUGGGGAAAAACUUUCAACCUCAUGAUUCAAUGAAACCUUCAGGAUAUGUGUGGUCUGGGAUGAGAAAGUGAUUGUCUAUAUUUGAUGUAUGAGCGGAGAUGGCUUCCUUGGUAUGGCAGCCAGGCCAAUACUUGUUGAGCAAA